CUCAAGUAAGUUAUUUUAUUAUCUUUUAAUUGAUUUUACUUAUAUCAUCUUCAUCUUCUUAUUCUAUCCCAUUUUUCAUUGUUUUGGGAAAAGUGAAGUAUUGAAAAAUACGAAAGAAAAGAAGAAGAAAAAAAAACCCCGUUCCCAAAUUCCCCAUACCGAAUUCACCAUGGCCAACCCCAGAGUCGAGGAAUUGCCCGAUGACGAGCCGAAGAAGGUCUCAGUCGAAGAGCAUGACGAUGACGACAGCUCUGACUCUGAGAUUGAGGUUGGCGAGGGUGGUGCUGCCGGUUCCACUGCCAUCGUGCACUCCCGCAAUGAGAAGAAGGCCCGCAAGGCCAUCGAGAAGCUCCACCUCACCCGUGUCUCCGGCAUCACUCGAGUGACUCUUCGACGACCCAAGAACAUCUUAUUCGUCAUCAACAACCCUGAGGUUUACAAGUCUCCUAACAGCAACACGUACAUCGUGUUCGGUGAGGCCAAGAUCGAGGAUCUUAACUCAGCAGCCCAGCAAGCUGCAGCCCAGUCUCUUGCUGCAUCUGGUGGUGACCACGACCACGCUGGCCAUGAUCACAGCCACGGUGAGCCCAGCAAGGCUGUUGAGGAUGCCGACGAGAAGAAGGAUGAAGAUGACGACGAUGAGGAGGAGGUUGACGCAGAAGGACUCGAGGACAAGGACAUCGAACUAGUCAUGACCCAAGCCAACGUCAAGCGAAACAAGGCUGUGAAAGCCUUGAAAGAGAACGACAAUGACAUAGUCAAUUCGAUUAUGGCAUUGAGUGUUUGAUAGAUGACGGGGCUGGGCGUUGGUGAUUUUCCACUACCUACCGAGGGGGGCUAUUUCGGCUGGAUGCAUUGCGACAACGGAAAGGUCUACAGGGUAAAAAAUUAGGGAAGUCGACUGGCUGUGUAUUACAGGCUACGAUACCUUGCAAUGGAUUCUUAAACCGACGUGAUCAAGCUUAGACCGAAUUUUGAUGAUGCCUUCAUAGUAAUGCCCAUAGUGAUGGUGACGAUGAUUCUUAAGACAAUAUCCUAGGUGCGUAAGCUAGGUA